GAGACUAUGGUUUUUAUAUCUGUAGGAGCAGUAUGACCAGACAUGAGUUGAGACAAGAUGAUGAAGCCCUGAGACCACUUACAUGGGAGAGGCAACACACCAUGCAGCCUGGCCAGUAACAAACCAUGAGAAGUGUUCUCCUGAUGCUGAUGCUGUCAAUCACACAUACCCAGGUCCUCUCCUCAUGUCCUGCCUCCUGUGUGGUGUGUUCUAAAGAUACUGUCAUCUGUUACAAGCUCUCCAACAUCCUAGAGGCCCCUGAGACCACCAAGGCCCUGAUGCUGACCGACGGCACCAUCGUGUCCGUGGACCGCCACUUCCUGUCUGACAUGUCCAGCAUGACCGUGCUGUCCCUCAGCCACAACGCCAUCACCACCAUCACCCACGACGCCUUCCAGAACCUCACCGUCCUCCACACCCUCCUCCUGGACCACAACCACCUCUCCAGCCAGGCCCUGGGGAAGGACACUUUUUCCUGGCUGCCCAGGUUGGAGAUCCUCAAGCUUGGGAACAACGCCCUCGGGGAUGUCAACGGCUCCUGGUUCCAUGCCACCGGGGCCCUGCGGACGCUGCAGCUGGAAGGGAACCGCCUCUCCAGGCUGGACGCCACCACCUUUGCCUUGGCAGACCUCCAGGGGCUGGAGACCUUGGAUCUGUCCGAUAAUCUGAUCACCUAUCUGGGGAAGGAUAGCUUCCAGGGCCUGCUGGGGCUGCGUAGUCUGGAUCUGUCCAGGAAUCAGCUCCGGAGCGCCCCGCCAGAGGUGUUUUCGUACCUAUCGUGGAUGUCUAGUCUGAACCUGGAACUAAACUGGUGGAAUUGUACAUGUGAGCUGAGGAAGCUGGCGUCUUUCCUCACCAGCUAUAUGGAGGCUCCGGAUAAGGUACUGUUCAACGGGCGUAGGAUGGUGUGUGUGAGUGCUGACAACCCGGCAGUGAAGACGGUGCUGGAGCUGACAGAGGCCAUCUGUGUUCCAACAAAUCAGAACAUCACAGUGCAGGUUGAGGCUAAGAACGCCAUCUCCUCUCAGCGUUAUACCAGAGACCUGGCUCUGGCUGCAGCCUUCUGCUUUGCUGGUGGCGUUGGACUCACCCUAGCUGUGGUGUACAUUGUUUACUGCAAACUGGGGAUGAACAAGAGCCUGAAGGUCUGGAGAGACAGGACUGGAGCUGAGGAGGAUGAGAAUGGGAGGACAGCUCCCACCCAAACAGUCACCCAGUGGGAUCUGAGCAGGGAGAAUGAGGCCCUACGUAUGGCUCAAAUGGGACUGGAAACCAAGCUGAUCAUUCCCAAUAGCCACCUUCAGCCUUGGGACAGGGAGAGAGCCAUGUUUGACCUGAGAAUAGGCAAAGAUGGUGGCCAUUUUACAUGCCCCCAUUGUGGCCCUGCAGUCAGUGGGUCUGCAAUGGAACAGGGGGUAGGAGAAGGACACUUGGGGGCAGCCCUGCACAUGGUCAAACAAGGAGGCCAGCCCAACAAGAUGGAGAGUCUGGCCAUAACAGAGGAGAGCGAUGAGAGGAAGAGACAUGUGCCCCAACAAGCACUGAUAUCAAAGACAGAAGAUCUAAGCGGUCAAAGGUCAUUGGUCGGGCCACCACAGGGUCAGAGCAACCAUAUUCUUAGUCAGGAGGAGUUACUCUAUCACCAGCAGAGUUUAAAUAUAAAAAGCCAUGAUGGUUCUAAUGGCAACAACCAGCUAUUGGGUGGCAGGAGUUACUAUUCACCUGCACAUGGAAACAUGCCUACACAUAAAAGUCUAAAAGAUGAGAUGGUAAGACCUGGAAAUCACAUAGGCCUUGACAACAGACUGUCAAAAAUGGACUUCCAAUCAGAGCAUGGUAGAACUGUACCUGACUGUCAAUACCAAACCGUCAGCUGUGUGAACUGUUACAGAACCUAUGAGUAUGGACAGCCAGGGGAGAAAGUCAGAGAUGUAUUGUAUGACAUCAGUGCAAGAGAAUCUGCUGGUUAUGAUGGUUCUCCCAACCACAACCCACUUACAAGGCUAAACACCCGAAGGAGCAUGAACUGCAACCAGUCUAAUAUGGAUAUCUAUGCAAAGCAUGCAAGCAAGCAGAGGAGUGUGACUUUUGACUUGGAAAGAUCUGGAGUGCAUGUCGUUGAUGUACAAAGGAUGAACCAUGACAGGGAAGAUAAACAUGACAGGAUUAAAAGUUCUAGGAAAGUGGAAAAUGGUGAUAAACAGAUCCUGAGCUAUGAAAGCAUUGGACGAUCUGUGAGGAGUAAUGGUCUUAAAAGAGAGGAUCUCUCCAAAAGGCAUAAACGUAAAGCCCAGUCAGAUGGUUUACUAAAAGUGAAGCUCAACCUUAACCCUCUUAAGAAAAGCAAGGUCCAUCCAAGGAAAAACAGCCGCAAGAGACUAGAACAGGGCGAUAGAGAAAGAACUGACUCCAAGAACCGAAAACAACUGCAAAUGACGGGUAAAGAUGCCAAAGGCAAAAGGCACAACCAGGAAGAGUCUAAAGAAAAAACAGACAAAUCCAAUAAAGUAAACUCUUUACACAAAAACAAAGACAAUCAGUCAUCCAAAAAUAAAUCUACCACCAGCAAGUCUAAAGAAACUGAUGAUAAUGAAGAUCAAGAGGAAGAAGAUCCAGUGCCACAGGAAAACAAUGCAUCCUCCAAGCAAAAAAAGACAAACUCAAAAUCAAAACAUCAGGAGGACUCGAAUAGUGACCAUUCCAAGAAGAGUAGAGCUGAUCCAGAUCAGAAAACCGACGUCACACAAAAUAAAACUGGAGGAGAAACAGAGGUCUCUGGUGGAGCACCUAUACCAAGUAAUGUGAGUUCUUACCAGUCAUACAUCAACGGAGCGGGUGGGAGUUCAGUCAAUGGGCAACAGGUGGAAGAAUACCGAAAUGGACAGGACCAAGCAUCGAUCCCUGAGGUGCCCCAACACCCCGGUUACCUAGGCGAUGGAGUGAGUCUUCAGAGGACAUUGAGUAGCCCACAACUGUCAGCAGCAAAGCCACUCAAAGGAAUGGAAAGGACUUCCAGUGACAGUAACCUUGCUGUCCAGGGAGGAAACUCUAUACUAUUACAAAACACUGUUGCACCAAACACCAUUUAUGGUGGCAACUCACAGGCUCAAAGUCUGAGUAGACAAGGCAGUUUAGGUCCGCCAUCUUUACUGACUAACAUCCCACCCACAUCCCCACUAUAUACAGACAAUGCAAGGAGCUCACCCGUAAAUCCACUGAUUCAGCUGUUGUCACAGUCAGUUCGAGGCAACUCCAACCAAGGGGCCAUGAUUGGCUCUCAGCCAGCCCAGUUUCCAGUACCCCAAAGAGUGAGAGAUCUCACUCUGCUUGACCAGGGUCCUGGAUCACUAAAUGGACAGAAUAUCUCUCAGCUUGCCCAGGAUCCUGGAUCCCUAAAUGGGCAGAAUAUCUCUCAGCUUGCCCAGGAUCCUGGAUCCCUAAAUGGGCAGAAUAUCUCUCAGCUUGCCCAGGAUCCUGGAUCACUAAAUGGGCAGAAUAUGUCUCAGCUUGCUCAGGGUCCUGGAUCACUAAACGGGCAAAAUAUCGCUCAGCUUGCCCAGGAUCCUGGAUCACUAAAUGGGCAGAAUAUCUCUCAGCUUGCCCAGGAUCCUGGAUCACUAAAUGGGCAGAAUAUGUCUCAGCUUGCUCAGGGUCCUGGAUCACUAAAUGGGCAGAAUAUCUCUCAGCUUGCCCAGGAUCCUGGAUCACUAAAUGGGCAGAAUAUGUCUCAGCUUGCUCAGGAUCCUGGAUCACUAAAUGGGCAAAAUAUCUCUCAGCUUGCCCAGGAUCCUGGAUCACUAAAUUGGCAGAAUAUGUCUCAGCUUGCCCAGGAUCCUGGAUCACUAAAUGGGCAGAAUAUCUCUCAGCUUGCCCAGGAUCCUGGAUCACUAAAUGGGCAGAAUAUGUCUCAGCUUGCCCAGGAUCCUGGAUCACUAAAUGGGCAGAAUAUCUCUCAGCUUGCCCAGGAUCCUGGAUCACUAAAUGGGCAGAAUAUGUCUCAGCUUGCUCAGGAUCCUGGAUCACUAAAUGGGCAAAAUAUCUCUCUGCUUGCCCAGGAUCCUGGAUCACUAAAUUGGCAGAAUAUGUCUCAGCUUGCUCAGGAUCCUGGAUCACUAAAUGGGCAGAAUAUGUCCCAGCUUGCUCAGGGUCCUGGAUCACUAAACGGGCAAAAUAUCGCUCAGCUUGCCCAGGAUCCUGGAUCACUAAAUGGGCAGAAUAUCUCUCAGCUUGCCCAGGAUCCUGGAUCACUAAAUGGGCAGAAUAUCUCUCAGCUUGCCCAGGGUCCUGGAUCACUAAAUGGGCAAAAUAUCUCUCAGCUUGAUCAGGGUUCUAGUUCAGGUCCAGGCUCACUAAAUGUAGAGAGUCUCUCCAACAACAACAGUAUGAACCCCGCAGUUGCCCCUGUUCUACAGGAGUACCUGUCCUCAGCAGAAGGCUCACCCAGAAGGAUUAGACUGGUGCUGCCUGAGAGAACCACUAACAGAUCGCCAACUGCUCUGGAGAGGAAAAUCCGUUAAUAAGUGGAUUUGAAUUGUCCAAUUGGGUUUUCUUAUGGACUCAAAAAAGGAUGACUCAAAAAUAACACUUAAUCUUAAUGCUCAAGUGAACUUAAAAUGAUCCUGUCUAUGUCAGUCCUAAGCAUCUCUCUUCAUAACGUACAUGGAACUCAACCUGUCUUCCUAUUGUUAAUACCUGACUCAAAGCGUUCUCAACUAUUUCAUGUUUGUCAAGUGUGUGGCUUGGUAGGUGACUUACUUGUAUUUUUAUAAAGUCAAUUUAGCACAGGUUUGGGUUACAGUUGGCGCAGGGUAGACACGUGGCAGUAUGGGUUUAGUUUGAAACCCCGACUGACCCCUAAUUGCACUCCAUUGGGUUUAGGCUUACACAAGUUGACACUUCAUUACAAGGCUCUGCAUUAGAGCAAUGGGCUCUAAUUUCAGGUAAACUAUGAAUGAGUAGAACAAUGUGGUGAAGUUUAUGGAAUACACAUUCUAAAUGUUGACCUAGUAACCUCUCAGCCUUGGUUGUGUGUAAAUAAUGAAAAAAGCAGUCUGCUGUUUUUACCAGCUUGCACCUGAGCCUAAAACUGUAACGAGAAGAGUCACUUACACCAUUGUUUACUUGGCCCACUAAUAAGGCCUAGAUUCAAUCAGAUCAACCGUUAACCGGCGAUAUACAACACCCGAAGCCCGCAUAACUGAUGUCGUGGGGGAAACGCUCUUUUCACUGCACUUCGAUACCGAAGUGAGUUUUUCGUAGCAGUUUAGGAAGAUUAAUGUAGGAGGUUAAGAUAUAUUUUGUCGGAGGAGUAACUGUGUUGGAGCUGUCAAAUCGGUGAGCAGCUGCACUUGAUCAUUGUCACGAAGCUACACCCAUUCCACUCGCGUUAGAAGUUCAGAACGAGAACGUGUAUUUAUGGUUGAUUUUGCAAAUACAGGCACUUUUGGAUGUUAAAUGUUUUUGAAAAUGAAACCAAUUGAAACGGAUUUGUAUCUAUCUGAAUAUUUUCUUCACUCUGUCUGGAAACUAGAUCAAAUAGUGUCUGAGACCACACUAUUCAAUGUCAUUACCAACAUGCCAUAAAAUGUGCUAUUUUAGUUGAAAAGGAAAUUGCAGUAAUUGUUCCUAAGGUAUUUCUAUAACAUUUUUUAAAAAGUGUCAGUUUUUAAACUAUUUUUGAAGUUUUCUUAAUUAUAUACAUUCGUCAUUGUCAUGUCUAAAUGUCCAUAAAUGCCUUAAUGAUACUCACAUGUAUUCACUACAUCAAAAUCAGAAUGUUUGACAUAAUUUCUAAAAUAAUCUUAAGAACAAGCAUAUAAGGUUCACUUUUGGGAAAAAUCAUCAAUAUCAAUUGUAAUUUAAUACACCUUUUCCUCAAAAAUAUGUACCGUGAUGGUAAUGACUUAGUAUUGUGGUAAUGACAGAGUGUGAUGGAAAUGACAUUUCAUAUAAAACAACUGAUUUUAAAAAAUUACCAUUAAACAUUUUAAUAUCACAGUUGUACAUGUUUAAUUUGAUUGAAGACAUAGAACACACCAUUCAAAACCUCAAAACACAAAGGUUACUUACCUCAAGAAGUUAAAGCAUCUUUUAGAAAACAAAUUGUCAUUCAAUGCAAUACGCAGAAAUACAUGUACAAGGUUGGAAACACUGGUUGACAUUAAACAAAUGAUUGUUCACUG